CAUCUGUUACAUGCGCGACAAUAUCACAGGGUGCGGGAAUCGCGCAUAGCGAAUUUACAGGACGGUCGCGAGCGAAAGAACGAGAGAGAGAGAGACGACAAUCUCGCGCCAAAUCACUUGCGGAAUAUAUAACAUCGAAGGACCCUGGCCAGCGAUGGAGCAGCUAGAAGCCGUACUGCCAGGUAUCGAGGACUUUCUUCGUCGAGGCUUAGCCGUUGAGGAGCUAUCGCCGACGGCAGAGACAACCCGGCAGCAGCUACUGCGCACGCUCGACGAGCAGGCAAUAAAACGCAGGGGUGAUUCAAGUGUCGCCGAAAGAAAGAACAGUGACAAGAAAAAUGACAGCAUAUGGUACGACAAGGACGAUAAGAAAAUAGAUGACGUUAUAACUAUGAGCACUAAGAACCCUGCCGAUUACGAGUCACCAUAUGAAGUGGCCGAACCGCACGGUGGCGCUUCAAUCGCACUGAUUUCCGACGGAGACACGAUGCCAGCCGUCGUCCUGCUCACCGACGAGGUGAGUUACGAUCAUCGAUUACGUGACACGGCGUUCGUGAUCCCACGAGAGCUCACCGUUAACGUCGAGCACGAGGGUCCGGCGAAGCAGUAUCCGAGGCCGGCGAUGUCGCUGCCGGCGGCCGACGUCAGCGAGGGUGCGGCACAGCAGGAGGAGAUCUACAUCUACGGCGUCGCGUCCGUGCCGGACAGGCCGGACAGCGAGUGUGGACCACCGCCACUGUGUUAUCCGCCGCCGGUGCCCAGUAACGGUCACUACGGUGGCCUCUACAUGGAUGUGCUGACGCCCGAUGAACGCGCGCCAAGCUCGCCUGAAGCCGAAGAAAACAUUUACGAGGAUGUGCGCACUGACAUACAAUCUGGAACUGAUAUAACGUCCGUAGAAGACGCCAUCUACGAGCAACCUAUAGAAACAUUGAAGCCGAGUGUGCGCAGUGGUGGUAGUAGCAGCAGUAGUGACUUCGAAUCGACUGUCAAGGACACUGAUGAGGACGCGAGAAGAAGAGAUGACGUCAGCGACAACGAAAGUCCCGACGUUCAGCUGCCCACAAAGCAAGACAAGUCUUUAUUAGUAAAGGAAAAGCAUUCCAAACGACUCAGCGCCAAGAGAAUGCUAGCUGACGCACAACUUUUCGGUCAGAUCUAUUACAAAGGCCAGAGUAACUCGUGGAGUAAGCGCUUCAGUGUGCUUUACGCUGACACGUUGUACUGUUACAAGAAGGAGAAGGACGAGAAACCAACUGCCUGCCUAAAAUUAACAGGAUACGAGGCUGUUGUGUUGCUGAUCAAUGACGUACCGGGUGAUCAGAUGAAACCAUGCAUCCGCUUGUCUCAUCCGGGAAAACCGACGCAUUUCUUCAGCGCUGAUGACAUCGUCGUGCAAAGCAGGUGGCUAGAGCUCAUUUCGGCGGCCACUACGCUUCAAGUUCCGGUGACAGAGCAACAAGUGCCCCAAAAUGCGUCGCAAGAGUCCCCGUCUCACGCGGCGGUCAAGCAGUUGGCGUCAAAAUUGGGUUUCGGAAAGAAGAAGAAGUCAGUGCGCACAUCCACCAUCGAAAUCGGCGGGAACUUUAUCAUUGCCGGUUACCUGUACGUGGCUACCGAGGCAACGAUGACAGCUAAAUGGUCCUAUAACUGGGUCAUCAUUCGAGACAACUUUAUCCAGUGUUAUGCAAAGAAAG